AUGAGGAGGAGAAGGAAGAAAAGAAGGGAGGAGGAGGAGGAUGAGAGAGGAAAAACAAAAGGAAGAAGGAAAACAAGGAGGAGGAAAAGCAAAAAGAAGAAGGAAGGGGGAGAAGGAGAAAUAAGAAGAAGAAAGAAUAAGCAGGAUGACGACGACAAAAAUGAGAAGAAACAGGAGGAGAAGGAAAAGGGAGAGAGGAGAAGGAGGAGUAGAAGAAGGGAAAGAAGGGGAAAAUUGGGAGGGAAGAGAAAAUUGAUGGAGUUGGAGAAAGGAGAAGAAACUGGAAAGGAGAAAGAGGAGGAAAAUUAG